CGGCUCGCACGCUCAUUUGGUCCCUGGCGUGCGCGCGCGAAGCAGUUUGACACAUCUGCACGUGGCGACGGUCGCAAGCGAUUUUGACCGUUGAACGGCUUGCGCGCGCUGCACACCCCAGUCCUCGUGGAUUACCGAAGCUACGCCGCGCCUCGCGUUGGCUCCACCUCGUCUGUUUGAACCACUCGGCGCUGGCAUCGCGAACGGAUAACGUCGUCGGCCCCUCGGAUUAACGCCAGCAUCGUCGAGACGAUCAUCGGCGUGGUUUUGUUCUUCGCACGUGGUGUUUCGCGCUCUUCGCCGCUGUCGAUGUGUGUCGUGUGAGCGCGUCGGUCGCGGGAUGGUGCCCCACAGCUCGGGUAGCGUGGACUCGGAUACGAUGGAGCAGAAACGCCGCAGCGCGCAGCCGUUCGGCUCGCUGAAAGUGGACGUCAACUCGCCGACGCCGUACACGGACGCGACGCAGUGCAAGAAGGUGACGAACCACAUCAAGCGACCCAUGAACGCGUUCAUGGUGUGGAGCCAGAUCGAACGGCGCAAGAUCUGCGAGCAGCAGCCCGACAUGCACAACGCAGAGAUCAGCAAGCGGCUGGGAAUGCGCUGGAAGAUGCUCACCGACCAGGAGCGCAAGCCGUACAUCGAGGAGGCCGAACGGCUGCGGCUGCUGCACAUGCAGGAGUACCCGGACUACAAGUAUCGGCCGCGCAAGAAGGUCAAGGCUGGCGGCGCCACAGCGACCGCCGUGAAGGCGCCCGAACGCGCGGCCGCGGCGACGGCGGCUCCCGCCAAAGUGUCAUCUCACCACUCGGCCGUGGCCAAGGUGGCCACGAUCGCGGCGGCGGCGUCCACCAAGUCGCACCACCACCAUCACCACAAGAGCUCGUCGCACCAUCACCACCACAGCCAUCACCACAAGUCUUCCAGUCAUCACCACCACCACCACAGCAGUAGCCACCAUCACCACCACAAGUCGUCCAAAAAGUCGUCGUCGUGCGUCCAGGUCGCAUCGGUGGCGUCGGUGAACGGCGGCAACCCGCGGCUCAAGCUGAAGCUUACCAUCGACGACAAGUUCAAAAAAAGCAUCAGCCGCAGUAAGCACGUGCCCAUCGCUACCGGUCAGCUGACGCCGCCGGCCAAGGUGCCGUGCUCCCCGUCGGCCGAGGAGCCGGCGUCUCCGGAAAGCACGAACGUUUCGCUCUACGAAGACAUGGUCGUCGACGUGAAGCCUUCGAUCGCCGAGCUUAUGGGCGCAGCCGCGGCAGCCGUUUCUCCUUCGGCCUCGAGCACGACGUCCUCUUGCUCGUCCUCAACGUCGUCCUCCUCUUCGUCGUCUUCGUCGUCCGUCCACUCGAGCCAGCCGCAGCAACAGCAGCAGCGAUUCGCGGAUACGUCGACGCAGCUCGCCGACCUCGACCACAUCACCGAGGUGUUCGAUCUCGCCUCCAACUGGGGCGCUCAGGAACUCAACGCCUUCGUCAUGAACACGUCGCUGAGCGACAUGGACGCUAUGGAUAGUGCCAGUUCCAGCUCGGCAACCCACUUCCAGUUUCCCGACCUGACACCCGAGGUCUCCGACAUAUUGGGCGUCGGAUGGCUGGAAAACAGUCUGUCGCCGGGCAUCUGCUGAAAAAAGAGAGAGAGAGAUCCCGUACGUGUCACUCCUCACAAACUCAUCCUUGUAGUUUCUAUUGUUUCACGAAUUUGUUUCCCCACCCUCCUUUUCGAAGUUUUGUUCCCGCGUCGUACUGUGUACGUUCACGUUUCCCUUCGCAAUGUCUAUAUAGAUCGUAAGCGUGAAAGUCCUGUCUGUAUCUCGGGAAAAGAGCUCAGCUCGAUCCAUCUUUCGUUCCGCUCGUUUUCUUGUCGAAAACCUCCUUCCCUGUCUCUCGCCUACAAUGAUUGUUUUUUAUCUCAAGUGUCCAACGCGUCGAAACGCACAGUUUUCGGCUUUGCACUAUCGCGUACUCAUCGGGCUUGCACGUGGGGGCUUGCCCCAGCUAGCGCAUACUUUUUCCGCGCGCGCUCUGCAAAAAACCGCUGUCGAAACACGCUUGCGUUGCCGAGCACGUGUUCCAAUUUUUUUCUUCUCGUUUUUUCCUCUCUUCUCUUUCUCGCUUUAAUUCCGUGUUGCCGGGAUGUCGUCACUCGCUUUCCUUUUACUUUAUUUUUUUGUUUUCUGUCUUUGCCUCGCUGCCGUUUCCUCGAUGGUCGUGCGUUUCCGGCAACCCCUGUCUUUCUCUUGGCUCAUUUUUUUUUUUCUUUUCCUCUUCGGGUCUCCCUUGGCCUCACUCCCAUUUGGUCGCUCGCGACCUCGGAAGGAGUUAAAACAAUAAUAAUAAAAAAAAAGACCAGAAAAAAAAGAAUCAAGCUUCUCCGGUCGUCUCACCACCCCUUACCUCGAAUGCGCUGGCGUUUAGUUGCGCUAGAGUAGCAAUGAUCUCACCUCCACUUCCUCCCCUACCAACAACCAGCCUGUCCCAUUUUUUUUUUUUUUUUUCAUCUCACGUUUCCACGUUCUUUUUUUUUUUUUAUCGUGCGUUUGCUUUCUACACGGAGUCGUUGUGGUUGGUUUGUGAGCACGUACGCAGCAGGCGUUCGGUUCGUUGGGACGACGAAACGGCAGCUGGUGGCUUGGCUAGGUCUCGUGACGGAUUUGCCACCUGCGAGCAGACGGCGUUUUCUUCCCAAACCAGACGACGUUCAACAGCCGCCUUUUCUUUCGUUUAGGACCUUUCGGUUCCCCCUUUUUUUUUUUUUUUUCCGUCAAACGUCUCCGUGAAAAACACCACCUCCGAAUGUUAUUUACUCGCGACAGUGUCUCGAGCUUUCUUUGAACGCCCUAUCUACGCCGCGUUCUCCAACAGUCGACGUCGUUAGGACGUUUAAUCAAGUCGAGAGAGUACAUGAGGGCGCGUUACUUAGCCGCGCUAGUCGUUUUUUCAGUUCACUACCGUAGGGCAAAAUAAACACACGAGAACUAAAACGCGGCGUUGUGUAUUUUUUUUUUUUCGCAGUCGUUUAGGGAAACGACAUUAUCCACUGAGGUGCAUCCACAGGCUAUCCUCUCUUCGAAGUGCUGGUCAUUUAUUGCUAAGUUCCUUUGCCACUUUCGUAUUGUCGUGUCAAGCCCCGUCUAUCCCGCAAUUUUCGUAUCUGGUAUGCUUCUGGUAGGGAAAUGUCCUCUAUCUCGAGAGAUAGCGUUACAGAGUGAGUAUAAGUGGUGCGAGGGAGUGCUUCUGAGGAAGCUUUGAUGAACCUCGUGUGUGCAGAUAUUUCAGUUGUCUCGGGAAAAGGUUUGGCUGAGUCACCUGUGAAUAGCGAAACAGAAAAGAAAGCAGCAGAUCGUGUUUCUAAAUAUUGCGUCUUAUUUUUCUCACUCGCUUGCGUAUUCUCAUCCGACUUUCACGCCACAGUCGGCUGGACCAAAAAAAGUCACUCGGCGUCGUUUGGGACGCCGAAAGCUAUAACAGAUGUCCGUUGGUAUGGAAAUGCUUCGGCAUAUAUUUCUUCCAAGAGGUAGUAAAGUGUCCUUGGCUAUAAAAAAGCAACCGACCAUUCCGAAAGCAACUACGAUGUCUCAAACGCUUUUUUUUUUCUUUGUUAUAUUGCCAGGGUUUCCUCUUUUGAUAUUGGGCUCUAUCAACAGCUAGAACCCAUUUUAAUCAUCUGUGCGUAUUGAUCACGUGAUAGUCCCCGUCCUCGUAACUCCAAUUGCACCCAUAGUCGGCGCGGUGUCUUUUGGGCUAUCUCAUUGGCGCUGGACGCGUACUUUUUUGUUGGCUGGGCUACUUUCCGUUAUUGUGUACCGGCUUGAUUAUUAUUAUUAUAUUUUUUUUGAGUGUGUGUAUCGCACGCGCGCCUAGUGUUGUGUGCAAGUACUUAUCGGUGGGCAUUAGUUUUCCAACUUAAUGAGCGUCUCUUUUUUUUUUUUUUUUUCAUUGAUUCGUAAAGAUAGUGUUUCGCUUCUUGAUUUUUUUUUUUUUUUCCUGGCUGUGUUACGCGAUUCCUAUCACUUGAGUGGUAAGAGCAACUCUGCGAGCAAGGUGCGUUGUCUAGAUGGUGCGUUUGUAAUCGUAUUUAGUGUAACUUCUUUUUUUUUUUCUGUUAUUCAGUGCUUGUAAAGCAUUUACGACGGAAUCUAUCUUGUUUACUCAAAGAAAAAAAAGUGCAUUUGUAUUAACUAGAAAAGCAAAAAAAAAAAAAAAAAGUGUAUCGCAUCGACACGUCGGAACAACUCCUGUAACACUACCGACGUUUCCUUGCAAUUAUUUUUUUCUUCCUUAAACAAAAAUAUAUAAAAGUAACGUUUAUUGUAAAUUUGUGGCCGCACGCUUUGCAGGAUGCUGGCAACGUGUCGGUUUAUCUGUCCGCGUCAUGUUUUCCACUUCGUAUCCGCUGCAGUCACGUUCGUAUUUUAGUUUUGUCUAAACUAUUAGUGGUAAAGAACAAGUUCCGUGUCGUGCGUUUAAGUAAAGUGUUUUUUUUUUUUUUGUGUGUGUUAGUAGUUCUACUCCGACACAGCGUCGUAGUGACUACCGUUAACGUUUUCUUUCUGAUAUGUUCCAGAGGUUAUGUUUAACUUCGUCCUUCAAUCGUCGAUAAGAUUUCAUAGAUAUGGCAGAGUACUUGUCAGUCUGUUGUCGAACAAUUAUGAUCACGUUAUAAAAAAAGAUGCAGAGAAUUUUCUUUUGUUUUGUUCCUGAAGUCUGUUUUUCAUUCCGUUAUUUUUUAAUAUUUUCCUCGCAGUUGUGAUUUUCGUUCUCUGUGUGUGAGUCAGUGUUGGUUUCAUACGCACUGCGUAUGUGUUGUUGGAUAGUUUUUUUUUUUCUUCGAUUUUGUGCAAAGCAGCUCAUGAAGUGUUUGUUCAGCACUCUAGCUUUACGGUGUUUUUUUUUUUUUUUUUUUUCGUGUAUUCUUGUCUGGACUGAUGUUUCAACGUGUUGCAUUUUUGUUAUGCCCUUUGUUCAAGAAAAUGUGAAUGUGUGCGCGAGUGUUCGUGUUCUUCGUCUUGUGAAAGUCCACAGAAUCAUACUUCUAGAAAGUCAGUCGCUGGGGCAGACUGUGACCCUACGUUCUGGCCUUCCACAUGAGUGUACAUAGUAUAUAUAAUAAUUAUAUAUAUAUUAUAAAUAUAUCUUCGCAGCGCAUAGAUGAUAUAUGAAAGUAUAUUUGUACAUUUUAAUAAGAGAGAAGAGAAAAAAAAAUGUCAAAAAAAUGCAAGGGCAUCACGAUGCAAGUUUGUACGAUAGUGAAGAGUUUUUUUUUUUUUUUUUUCUUACGAAAGCAUCGAAUAAAUGCAUUGUGCCAUCAA